AGAGCAGGGGACCCAGGCAUGAAGCAGGAGGGCAGGACUUGGAGGAGGAAUGGAGCUCAGUGUCCUGGAGAAAGAGCAGAGGCUGCCACCGGCUCCCUGGCUAAGACCCAAGCAGGCGAAGAGGAGGACUCAUUCAUCCAGGGCCAGCCCAGGAGCAAGACUGCCAAGCAGGCCGGCCCAGCCCAGCUGGGAGGGGAUUUCCUCAGCCUCCCUCCUCCUGGGCUGGGCAGCUUUGGAACCUGUCUGGAGGAUUUUCGUUUGGGGAGGGACGGAGGAGCGCCUGGCAGAGCGGGAUCUUCAGGGCAGUGGGCAACCCCUUGGCCCAGGAAGCCUGGAACGCAAGGACCGGAAGGCGUGGGCUGGGACGCCCCUACCUUGGUCUUUCAGGGAAAGGCCUUGGAAAGCAGUCGUUGCGCCAGACAGCCCAGGGAAGAGCCGCAGCCUGAGGACCUAGGGCCACCUGCUGUUCCCUGGGAUUCAUGUCCUUCUGGGGAGAAGGGAGGACCCAGGACAAUGGCUGCUGUUCAUGAUCUGGAGAUGGAGAGCAUGAAUCUGAAUAUGGGGAGAGAGAUGAAAGAAGAGCUGGAGGAAGAGGAGAAAAUGAGAGAGGAUGGGGGAGGUAAAGAUCGGGCCAAGAGUAAAAAGGUCCACAGGAUUGUCUCAAAAUGGAUGCUGCCCGAAAAGUCCCGAGGAACAUACUUGGAGAGAGCUAACUGCUUCCCGCCCCCGGUGUUCAUCAUCUCCAUCAGCCUGGCCGAGCUGGCAGUGUUUAUUUACUAUGCUGUGUGGAAGCCUCAGAAACAGUGGAUCACGUUGGACACAGGCAUCUUGGAAAGUCCCUUUAUCUACAGUCCUGAGAAGAGGGAGGAAGCCUGGAGGUUUAUCUCAUACAUGCUGGUACAUGCUGGAGUUCAGCACAUCUUGGGGAAUCUUUGUAUGCAGCUUGUUUUGGGUAUUCCCUUGGAAAUGGUCCACAAAGGCCUCCGUGUGGGGCUGGUGUACCUGGCAGGAGUGAUUGCAGGGUCCCUUGCCAGCUCCAUCUUUGACCCACUCAGAUAUCUUGUGGGAGCUUCAGGAGGAGUCUAUGCUCUGAUGGGAGGCUAUUUUAUGAAUGUUCUGGUGAAUUUUCAAGAAAUGAUUCCUGCCUUCGGAAUUUUCAGACUGCUGAUCAUCAUCCUGAUAAUUGUGUUGGACAUGGGAUUUGCUCUCUAUAGAAGGUUCUUUGUUCCUGAAGAUGGGUCUCCGGUGUCUUUUGCAGCUCACAUUGCAGGUGGAUUUGCUGGAAUGUCCAUUGGCUACACGGUGUUUAGCUGCUUUGAUAAAGCACUGCUGAAAGAUCCAAGGUUUUGGAUAGCAAUUGCUGCAUAUUUAGCUUGUGUCUUAUUUGCUGUGUUUUUCAACAUUUUCCUAUCUCCAGCAAACUGACCUGCCCCUAUUGUAAGUCAAUUAAUAAAAAGAGCCAUCUGGAGGAAAUAAAAAAAAAGGAAGACUCUAUGAAGAAACAGAGAAGUCUCAGCAAAGGCUAACAAUUUUAUAUAGAGGACAAAACAGCAUUAAACUCAUCAGUUGCAAAGAUUGCCUAUAAAAGGACCUUAGGAUUUAAGGAAGGGGCUUCUUAAUGUAGAAAGGGAAGAAGAAGAGAGAAAAGAAGGGUAGUAAAAACUAGAGAUUGGGGCCAGGCGCAGUGGCUCACGCCUGUAAUCCCAGCACUUUGGGAGGCUGAGGCGGGUGAAAUCACCUGAGGUCAGGAGUUCAAGACCAGCCUGACCAAUAUGGUGAAACCCUGUCUCUACUAAAGAAAAUACAGAAAUUAGCUGGGUGUGGUGGCGUGUGCCUGUAGUCCCAGCUACUUGCGAGGCUGAGGCAGGAGAAUUGCUUGAACCUGGGAGGCGAAGGUUGCAGUGAGCCGAGAUUGCGCCACUGCACUCCAGCCUGGGUGAUAGAGCGACACUCGGUCUCAAAAAACAAAACAAAACAAAACAAAAUUAGAGAUUGGGUCUUUCCCAGGCAUAUGGUAUUCUAUAAAACAGACUUACUCUCCUUGGAGGAUAUAUUUUGGAGAAUGCUUCAUAAAAUCUAUGAAUACUGUACAAUGCUGAUAAUAAAAACUUUUUAUACCUG